GAGGCCCCGCCCCCGAGGAGGCCGCGGGUCCUACCUCCCCGGCGCCCGGCCCGCGGGUGGGCCCUGGGUUGGCAGCGCGCGCCCCGAGCCGAGCGGUAUCCGAGUUCCCCAUGCAGACCGCCGAGCGCUCGCCGGCGCCGCCCCGGGUGCCCCCGCACGACCCGGGCACGCCGGCGCUGUCGGUGGUGGACAUGCACACGGGCGGCGAGCCCCUGCGCAUCGUGCUGGCGGGGUGUCCGGAGGUGGCCGGCCCCACGCUGCUGGCCAAGCGGCGCUACAUGCGCCAGCACCUGGAUCACGUGCGGCGACGGCUCGUGUACGAACCCCGGGGGCACCGGGACAUGUACGGGGCCGUGCUGGUGCCGAGCGAGCUGCCGGACGCGCACCUGGGCGUCCUGUUCCUGCACAACGAAGGCUACAGCUCCAUGUGCGGCCACGCCGUGCUGGCGCUGGGCCGCUUCGCGCUCGACUUCGGGCUGGUGGCUGCGCCCCCGGCCGGCGCCCGCGAGGCCCGCGUCAACAUCCACUGCCCGUGCGGGCUGGUUGCCGCCUUCGUGCAGUGCGAGGGCGGCCGGAGCCGCGGCCGGCGCUUCCACAGCGUCUCGGCUUCGUUACUAAACACAGAUCUCCUGGUGGAUGUUCCUGGUCAUGGGAAGGUGGUAGUGGACAUUGCAUAUGGUGGCGCAUUUUAUGCAUUUGUUAGUGCUGAAAAGUUAGGACUCGAUGUUUGUUCUGCAAAGACAAGGGACCUUGUGGAUGCAGCAAGUACAGUGACAGAAGCAGUGAAAGCUCAGUUUAAAAUUACUCAUCCUGAUAGUGAAGACCUUGCCUUUCUAUAUGGAACUAUAUUAACAGAUGGAAAAGACACUUACAGUGAGGAGCCAACCACCAACAUCUGUGUGUUUGCAGAUGAGCAGGUUGACCGAAGUCCUACGGGCUCAGGAGUGACAGCCCGAAUUGCCUUACAGUAUCACAAAGGGCUUCUGGAACUGAACCAGACCAGAGCCUUUAAAAGCAGUGCCACUGGCUCAGUCUUCACCGGGAAGGCUGUGAGGGAAGCAAAGUGUGGGGAUUUUAAUGCGGUUAUAGUGGAAGUAUCCGGACAAGCCCAUUACACGGGAACAGCAAGCUUUACAAUAGAAGAUGACGACCCACUGAGGGAUGGGUUUCUUCUCAAGUGACUUCUAUGACAUUUAAAGGCUUUCUUUUUAAAGCAAUCAUUAUCUAUCAGUAAUUUUCAUCUGAAUUAUGUGGAAACCUAUAUCCAAAUUAUACAUGUAAGCCAAUUUCCAUUUUUCUAAAAUAGUACACUAUGGCUAAAUAUAAAAUCAUUAUACCUCAUAGUUGCAUAGAUAUAUAGGUAUAGGUCCUGAAAUACAGGUGCACAGUAGAAAUCAAUCAGUAGAUCACUACAGUGGGACAAGUCUCAUACUCUACCAGCUACAUGCCAGGUAAUUUAAAACAUGAUGUUCUGGCUAGUGUGGCUCAGUUGGAUGAGCUUCGUUCCAUGCACCAAAAGGUCGCUGGUUCGAUUCCAGGUCAGGGCACAGACAGGGUAGCGGGCUUGAUCCCCUAGUAGGGGGUGUACAGGAGGCAGCCGAGAUGUUUCUAACAUUGAUGUUUCUCGCUCUCCUUUCCCUUGUUAUCUCUCUAAAAUCAAUAAAAACAUGUUAAAAAAAUAAAAUAUGAAAGAAAUGGUAACUCUUGGUAUUCUUGCCUGUGAGCCUGUUAAAAAUAAAUUUGAUCAUUACCAGUCAUUAUAAAA